CACAACAUACACAUGCAAUCUCCUUUGCUAUUCUUUCACACUCUACACUUGUUUUCUCAAAUAUUCUUUGGUUUCUCUCAAUCCAUAUGCGGUGUACUAUCUCUGUGUAUACCUUCUUGAAGAGUUGGGCUUCUCUUGAUUUUUCUUUAGCUAUCCUGAUCACUUCCUCCACAUGUUGUUCCCAAUCCCCUGCUGCUAUGUUUUGGCUAUGUGUCCAUUGCAUUAUCUUGUUCAUCACUGCCUUCAUGUAGUCACAUUCCACAUAGAGAUGGAAUCCUGGGUUGUUCUCCCAGUAAAUGUAAAUAAAUUUGAUUAAUGACACUCUUGCAUGUGCACACAUGUAUACUUUCCUGCUCUAGGAUAUUCUUUGCUUCUAGGAUUUUCCUCACCAUCCAGCUUGCUUGUUUUGGCACUGUUGCAUGCUCUAUCUGUUGUCCUUUUAUAUAGUAUGUAUGUAUCCACCUUAUCCACAACUUGUCCUUUUUUCUUGCAAGAUCCCAGUACAACUUUAUUAUAGCUGCCUUGUUCCAUAGUCUUAAGUUUAUCAAAUUCCACCCUCCACUACUUUUUGGAGAACAAACCUUGUCCCAGUUGAUCAAUGCUUUCCUUGUUAUUACAUUGUUGUAUGUUCAUAAGUAGCUCCUGCAGAAACCUUCCACUAUUUUUAUCAUAUCUGCUGGUAGUAUAAAUAAUUGUGCCCAAUAGGAUUGAAACCCAAAUAGUACAUUUCUUAUCAGUUGAGCUCUUCCUCCAUAUCAGUUAUUUUUUUGUUGUCCAUGAUGUAAUUCUUGCCACUAUCUUCUCAAUGAGGGGUUGCCACUGCAUUAGUGUCAGCUUCUUUGUAGAUAGAGGAACUCCCAAAUACUUGAAUGGUAGUGCUCCCUUUGUGAAUCCCAGUUGGCUCAGUAUCAGCUCUUGUUCAGCAUGUGGUACACCUCCAAAAUAAAUGAAGCUCUUUACUAAAUUUGCUUACAAAAAUGAUGCCUUUGAGAACUGGUUGAAACUAUGUUGUACUUCUGUUACUGAAGAAACAUCACCUCUUGAAAAUAUCAGCAGGUCAUCAGCAAAACAUAGGUUUUAGUAAAUAUAGCUCUUAAGACUUUUCUUUCCCUAUUCCUUUCUCUUGACCUUUUAACUACAUUAGAAGCCAAUGGAUUCUGGGAAUAGUGGUAGUAUGCAAUCUUCAAGUGGUGGUGAUGAAGAGUAUGAUUCACGUGGAGAAUCCAUUUCUACUUUCUUGAAUAAUAAUAAUAAUCCUUCUCUUCAUUUUGGUUCAAUAUCUUCUAAUAAUAAUCCACCUCCACCUUUUCUUUCUCACCACCAACAUCCCACUUUCUUUGAUCCUCACUCACAAAAUCUUGACACCAAUUUCCCACAAAAUGCAAAUUCUCAGUUUAAUACUAAUGAUCUCAUUUGGUCACAACGGGGUCUAAGAUCUGACCAAAACUUCAACAACUUUGGUACAUCCUCAUCAAAUGCUACUCAAGCUGUUCUUCAUCAAAACCUUUUUUCGGGUUCAUCUUCAGUACCAUUACAACAAUCUUUGAUUGAAGCUGCGGGUAAUGUUGUACAACGGGCUUCGAACUCGGCCCAGCCCGAACAUCAGCCCAAUGUGGUAAAAAAUCCGAAAAAACGAACCAGGGCAUCAAGGAGAGCGCCAACUACUGUCCUUACUACUGACACCACAAAUUUUCGACAAAUGGUUCAAGAAUUCACUGGCAUCCCUACAGCUCCGUUUACUGGUUCAGCCUACACUCGCCGCCUUGAUCUUUUUUCUACAGCUGGCUCAGCGAUGAGGUCGGGUCAUUUGGAUACUCUUGGGCCACUUUACCCUUUAAGGCCUUCAGCACAAAAGGUUAAUCAAGUAUCUCCAUUUAUGCCACAAUUAUCUUCUUCUACUAGUACUUCUUCAUCAUCACUGUUGAGUUCUAGCAUGAUUGAUGCUUUAAUGCCAACAAAUAAUAAUACUGGAAACAAAAACUCUAUAAUUGGUACCAGUACUACCAUGGCCUCAACCUCUACCUCGACAAAUUUUCAACUAGGUUCUGAUCAUCUUGGAAUACAAAAACAAGCACAAAACUUGUUCAACAUGCAGAAUCAGAUUCUUUCAUUUAAGCAGCAUCAUCCAUUGGUUAAUAAUGCACAGGUUUUUGGCACAAAGUCAUCACAAGGAACAAAUACUAUUGUUCCUUCUUUAGAUGAGCUUGGAAUAAGUCACGAUCAACAAGUCAGUGCAAAUCUUAUCAGUGGAUAUAAGGGAGAAUUUCUAGUCAAACAAGAAAUGAUGGAAAUAAUCUUUCAAGAUUAUGGAGAUCAGGUGGUAAUGGUCAUAAUGAUGGAGGUCAAGAAAAUCAGCUGAGAUCGUCUUUUGGUGGUAACAACAAUAAUAACAAUAAUGGUGGAAGUUCAUUACAACAACAACAUGUUAGUGGUUAUAAGUUGAAUUGUUCAGGUAAUUCUUCUACAUCAGAAUUCCAUCAACAUGAGAAGGGUUUGGAAAAUGUAUGCUCAACAGGUGAAGGACCAGUUUCUUCUUGGACUAAUUGCCCUUCCGAGUAGAAAAAGGACAGUUGCACUAAGUUCCUGUUAUGCGUGUGGUCAAGGGAAGGAUCGGACCACUAUGCCCUUCCAAGUAGAAUUAAGAAGAAACAAUCACAGCUGACGAUUGAAAAAAAAUUGUUAACUUGAGUAAGUUAGUAUUCUGCGCAAUGGGAUAGAAUUCAUUGAUGACUGAGAUCACUUUGGUGAGUUUUUCCUUUUAAUUAUUGUAUUUUAAUUUGUUUUUGAUUAAUUAUAUACCUUGUAAUACACAUGUAGAUAUAGCAUAUUUUGUACUCCUUUGAUGAUUAAAUAUUUGGUAGAAUAUAUGGGAAUUCUGGGAAGGUA